AUGGUGGGCAAUACGCCGGGCGCCCCCGCUCAUGCCCAGUCCUCUCUACCCUCGCUCCCCGCACAUCUUCAGUCCGAUACUCAUUUGACAGCACAUCUCGCCAGUCGCUUCCAUGUUGGUUUGCCGACAGCUCGUCUCUCCUCUCAGGCAUUAAUUGCCCUGAACACAUUUACCUCCGCCACGAAGGGCCCCGAUGGUACAAAAGAAGGAAGUGCUGCGGGGGAGGCCGAAGACCUCGCCCGUCGAGCUUUCACGAGACUCGGAUCUCGCGCUGAAAACCAAGCAGUGGUAUUCUUAGGCGAGAGUGGUUCGGGGAAAACAACGCUUCGUUCACAUCUAUUAUCGUCCUUCCUCUCUUUCUCAUCAACUCCGCUCUCUUCCAAACUCUCCUUUGCUGCUUUCGUUUUCGAUACCUUGACUACGACCAAAUCCGUUACGACCCCGACAGCUUCAAAAGCGGGCCUCUUUCUCGAAUUGCAAUAUGAUGGGUCCUCUUCCGUAAACCCAACCUUAAUUGGUGGGAAGAUCAUCGAUUACCGAUUGGAACGAAGCCGUAUUUCCUCGGUUCCCACCGGUGAGCGCAGCUUCCACGUACUGUACUACCUUUUGGCUGGUACCAGCGCAGCUGAAAAGUCCCAUCUUGGAUUUGACAACCCCAUUCACAUUUCUACCGGUGGUUCUGGCGCAGUCAGCCACAAGAGAUGGCGGUAUCUGGGUCAUCCGACCCAGUUGAAGGUUGGAGUCAAUGACACCGAAGGGUUUCAACACUUCAAAACCGCCCUCCGGAAGCUAGAAUUCUCUCGUGGGGAAAUCGCGGAAAUUUGCCAGAUUCUCGCGACUAUCCUUCACAUCGGACAAUUAGAUUUUGUUUCCGGUCAAUCGACUACCACAAUGGCCGAAGAAAGUGGAGGCUACUCCCAUGAAGGUGGUGAGACAGUGACCGUUGUCAAGAAUAAGGAUGUACUCGGCAAUGUUGCUGCAUUCCUUGGUCUCAGCGUUGAAGCUUUGGAGAAUAGCCUGGGUUACAAGACGAAAACCAUUCAUCGUGAGCGAGUGACAGUCAUGCUGGAUCCAAAAGGUGCUCGACAGAAUGCCGACGCUCUGGCACGUACUAUAUAUUCGCUUCUGGUCACCUAUGUUAUUGAGACUGUAAACCAGAAGAUAUGUGCAGCAGAGGACAGUGUGGCAAACACUAUUUCCAUUGUGGAUUUCCCUGGCUUUGCUCAGUCUGCUGCGACAGGGUCGACCUUGGACCAACUUCUUAGCAACACAGCCACAGAGUCUCUGUACAACUACUGUCUCCAGUCCUUCUUCGACCGAAAGGCCGAUAUUCUGGACCGGGAAGAGAUUUCGGUCGCUGCAACCAGUUAUUUCGAUAACACUGAUACCGUGCGUGGUCUUCUCAAGCACGGCAACGGCCUACUGAGCAUUCUCGAUGAUCAGACGCGACGUGGCCGAUCAGACAAUCAAUUUCUUGAAAGCGUGCGUAAGCGCUUUGAGAACAAAAACCCGGCUAUCUCUGUGGACGGCUCCAGCAGCGCCGGUAUGGGUGGCUACGUGUCUCAAACGCGGAGUGCCUUCACCGUCAAGCAUUUUGCCGGAGAGGUGGACUAUUCCACGACUGGUCUCAUUGAGGAGAAUGGUGAAGUUAUCUCAGGAGAUCUGAUGAAUCUGAUGCAAUCCACCCGAAGUGACUUUGUUCAUGAACUAUUUGGACAAGAAGCGUUGCAGACCAUCUCCCAUCCUCGGGAGAAGACCGCCAUUAUGCAAGCACAAGUCUCCUCUAAACCUCUCCGAAUGCCAAGUAUGGCCAGACGCAAGAUCAAUCAGCAGGCUCGUCUCGCGGCCUCGGCUUCUGAGAAUGUCUUCGGUGCCGAUCAUGAAGAACCGACAGAUAACGAAAGCCAGGCAGCGAGCUCUCGACGCGGCGCUGGAGGGCGGAAGAAUGGGCUUGCGGCGGGACCAGCACAAGGAGCAGCCGGGCAAUUCCUUUCUGGGCUCGAAAUUAUCAACAAGUGUCUGAGUUCACCGAAUCUAAAUCCAUAUUUUGUGAUAUGUUUGAAGCCUAACGACCGUCGUAUUGCAAAUCAAUUCGAUAGCAAAUGCGUACGGAUGCAAGUUCAAACUCUCGGUAUCGCAGAAAUCAGUCAGCGACUGAGAAACGCCGACUUUAGCGUUUUCCUUCCUUUUGCCGAAUUCUUAGGGUUGGCUGAGAUUGGCAAUAUUGUGGUUGGAAGCGAUAAAGAAAAAUCGGAGGUCAUCUUGGAUGAACGACGAUGGCCUGGCAAUGAAGCUCGUGUGGGUAGCACUGGUGUCUUCUUGAGUGAGCGAUGUUGGGCCGACCUUGCGAAGGUCGGUGAGCGUGUGGUUCCUUCGUAUAAGAUGACUGGAUCCGAUGAAGGGGAUGGCGGAUUCAACGUUGCAAGCGGCAAUCCGGAUGCAAAAGUUCGCCUCCUCAACCCUACUGAUCAAUCCCCGGGCGCUUAUAUCUACGGUGACGAAGCCAAGCAAGGUUAUUUCGGUAGCCGCGAAUUAGAUGGCCGCUCCGAUGCUGGCGGGUCAGCCUUCAAUUCUGGCGACAUGUUCAGGAACCUCGAAACACGAGAGCAGAUGUUGGAGAAAGGCAAUGAGAAAAAUAUGGAGGAGGUCGAGGAAAUUCCUGUCUCAGGUUCUCGAAAACGGUGGGUGGCUCUGGUCUAUCUGCUUACGUUCUACAUCCCGGACAUUUUGAUCAAAUGGGUUGGCCGCAUGAAACGUAAGGACGUGCGUAUGGCCUGGCGAGAAAAGUUGGCCAUCAAUAUCAUCAUCUGGUUCGCUUGCGGUGCCGCUGUCUUCAUGAUCGUCGCUUUCCCUGGAUUGGUCUGUCCAACGCAACACGUCUAUUCCAAGGGAGAACUCAGUACGCAUAAUGGAAAAGGUAGUGAAAGCUCCUUCAUGUCUAUAUCAGGCGUCGUUUUCAACUUGGGGGAUUUCAUACCGAAUCACUACCCCAAAGUUGUGCCAUCAAAGUCUCUCAAAACCUAUGCCGGCACCGAUGGAAGCCCCCUCUUUCCCAUUCAGGUUUCCGCUUUGUGCCAAGGCGUCGAUGGAAAAGUUGACCCGAGUGUACCACUGGAUUAUCGAUCGAAUUCGAAUGACUCUUCGUCCUCUACGUCUACGACGACCGGUACGGAUGCUAACGCCAAGUACCACGAUUUCCGGUAUUGGGUUACGGGUGACGACUCCGGCGCAGAUUGGUACUACGAACAGAUGGUCAUGCUGAGAGCCAAUUAUAAGAAAGGCUAUGUGGGCUAUACCGCCAAGUACAUGAAAAGUCAAGCAGACGACGAUGAUAAGAUGAUUGCAAGCAUCCAUGGCAAGGUUUACGACAUGACCUACUACAUGGCAGGUCCUCGAAUUCCACGAUUUCCCAAGGGCGUGAAUAAAUCCACCAGUGGUAUCGACACAAAUUACAUGAGCCCUCUGAUCACUGAACUGUUUCAAGAGAAGUCCGGUACGGAUAUCACGAAAUACUGGGACGAUCUUAACUUUGACGUUGCCCUGCGCAAUCGAAUGCAAGUAUGUAUGGACAACCUGUUCUUUGUCGGACACGUCGAUACUCGAAACUCGGUCAAGUGUCAGUUCGCACGAUACUUUAUCCUCGCCAUCUCCAUUUUGAUUUGUUCGGUGAUCACAUUCAAGUUCCUCGCAGCCUUGCAAUUUGGCAAGAAAAACUUGCCUGAGAAUCUGGAUAAAUUUAUCAUUUGUCAAGUACCAGCUUACACCGAAGACGAAGAUUCUCUUCGUCGUGCUAUCGACUCCAUGGCCCGUAUGCGUUAUGAUGACAAGCGUAAACUGCUCCUGAUCAUUUGUGACGGUAUGAUUAUUGGUCAAGGCAAUGACCGCCCUACCCCUCGAAUCGUUCUGGAUAUUCUCGGUGUUCCAGAGACCCAUGAUCCAGAGCCUCUCAGCUUUGAAAGUUUGGGUGAGGGUAUGAAACAACAUAACAUGGGGAAGAUUUAUUCUGGUCUCUACGAAGUUCAGGGCCAUAUUGUUCCGUACCUGGUCGUUGUCAAAGUCGGCAAGCCUUCUGAGGUGUCUCGCCCUGGUAAUCGUGGCAAGCGUGAUUCCCAAAUGGUGUUGAUGAGAUUCUUGAACCGUGUUCACUACAAUAUGCCUAUGAGUCCCAUGGAGCUUGAGAUGCAUCACCAGAUCCGAAACAUCAUUGGUGUCAAUCCGACGUUUUACGAAUUCAUCCUGCAGGUCGACGCUGAUACGAUGGUGGCACCAGAUGCUGCUACUCGUUUUGUGUCGGCGUUCUUGUCUGACACACGACUUAUCGGUGUCUGCGGAGAAACUGCUCUGUCUAAUGCUAAGACUUCCAUGGUAACCAUGAUUCAGGUGUACGAAUACUACAUCUCUCAUAACCUUAUCAAGGCAUUUGAGAGUCUUUUCGGAUCAGUCACUUGUUUGCCUGGUUGUUUCACUAUGUAUCGCAUUCGCUCAUCGGAGACUGGCAAGCCUCUGUUUGUCAGCCAAGAAGUUGUCGAGAGCUACUCGGAGAUUCGUGUGGAUACCCUACAUAUGAAGAAUUUGCUUCAUCUUGGUGAAGAUCGAUACCUAACCACCCUGCUCCUCAAGAAUCACCCGAAGUUCAAGACCAAGUACAUCUUCCGCUCUCACGCAUGGACGGUUGCUCCUGAGAGCUUUGCCGUCUUCUUGUCUCAGCGUCGUCGCUGGAUUAACUCGACAGUCCACAAUUUGAUCGAGCUGAUUCCAUUACAACAGAUGUGUGGUUUCUGCUGUUUCAGUAUGCGUUUCGUUGUGUUUAUCGAUCUUCUGAGUACCAUGAUUCAGCCUGUCACUGUCGCCUACAUCAUCUAUCUGAUCGUCUGGUUGAUUCAGGAUACAUCAACACUCCCUCUGACUUCAUUCAUUCUACUCGGUGUGAUUUACGGUCUGCAAGCAUUGAUUUUCAUCCUCCGCCGCAAAUGGGAGAUGAUUGGUUGGAUGUUUAUCUACAUCCUCGCCAUCCCCGUCUUCACGCUUGCUCUGCCUCUAUACUCCUUCUGGAACAUGGACGACUUCAGUUGGGGUAACACUCGUGUCAUCACAGGAGAAAAGGGCCGCAAGGUUGUCAUCUCUGACGAAGGCAAAUUUGACCCCGCCUCUAUUCCCAAGAAGCGCUGGGAGGAUUACCAAACCGAGCUCUGGGAAGCCCAAACUUCCCGUGAUGACCGUUCUGAGAUUUCAGGUAUCUCAUAUGGCACCCGAUCUCACGCCUUCCCUGCUCCUCAUUCCGAGUAUGGGUUCCCUGGCUCCCGACCUGUUUCUCAACUUGAUCUAAACUUACAUGCCGGCGGCUCACGGAUGUCCCUCGCACCGUCCGAAAUGCUCAGUCGCCAUAUGGAUAUGGACAUUGGCAUGGAAGACUUGAGCCACCUCCCAAGUGACGAUGCCAUUCUGACUGAGAUUCGUGAGAUUCUGCGAACAGCCGAUCUAAUGGCUGUUACCAAGAAGAGUAUCAAGCAAGAGCUUGAGAGACGAUUCGGUGUUAACCUUGACCUUAAGCGGCCAUACAUUAACUCUGCUACCGAAGCUGUUCUUUCUGGUCUUCUCUGA